UGCCAUAUCCACUCCUCCCUCAAUCACAUUGUCAGCUGACCUGAAACCAGUGAUGGUUCCGGUUCUCAUGCCCUUCCACACCUCUCUUCCAUUGUUAUUCUGGAGUGGAAACUCCAGCUUCCUCCUGUCUUUCUCUUUGGCCUCCCUUAUCUUCCGUUUCAGGUCCACCUGGAUCUUUUUUAGCUCCUCUCUAUUACCAGCUCUAAAAGCCCUCUUCUUGCUGUUUACAAUGUCCUUAAUGUCCCUUGUUACCCAUGGUUUGUUAUUUGAGUAACAAUGAACAGUCCUUGUUGGGACAAUGGAGUCCACACAGAAGUUUAUGUAGUCCGUUAUGCACUCAGUAAGCCCAUGGACGUCCCUACCAUGCGUCUCACUGAGUGCAUUCCAGUCAGUCACCUCUAAACAGCCCCUACGUGAUUCAAAGGACUCCUCAGACCAUCUCCUCACAGUUCUGGUGGUCACAGGCUGUCUCUUUAACCAGGGCCACAUAGCAGGGACUGAGGUGGAUCAUGUUGUGGUCUGACCUGCCCAGAGGGGGGAGGGGGGAAGAGCUUUAUGCUAUAAAAUAUAGUCACAUAUAAAAGAGAUGAUUCAACUAAAAUAUAUUUUGACACCCCCAGUAAACUGUUUUGUAGUUUACAUUUUAAAGAACUGCGGAAGUCUUAUUUUGAAGUUUCCUUGGCGGCUGGGUGGGACGCCAUGUUUCCUCCAGCAGAGGGCGGUAAAGUCAAGUCCACUCCGGACUACACCAUUACGGUUUGCUGCCAGUCGGAAGUACGGUUCAUUUUCACCGGGCUUGUGUGGCUUCGGACUAUAUGGACAGCCGUGUGGAAUACAAUGGACAUCAGCAAUAAUGCCACAGCCCAGAAUGAUGCUGGUGGUGACGGGAGAUGACUUUGGCUACUGUCCCAGGAGAAACCAGGGGAUUGUAGAAAGCUUCCAGGCUGGAGGCAUUUCUAAUGUGUCACUGCUGGUCAACGCCUCUGCUGCCAAAGAGGCAGCAGAUCUGGCUAAAAGGCACAACAUCCCCAUGGGCCUCCACGCCAACCUGUCCGAGGGCGUUCCAGUGUGUCCGAGCCUGCAGCAGGCCUCCACGCUGGUAAACCAGCAAGGAUUCUUCCAUGGGAAGAUGGGCUUCCGCCAGGCGCUGGAGAGAGGUCAGCUCAGCAUGAAACAGGUGGAGCUGGAGUUGCGGGCCCAAGUCCGGCUGUUCAGGGAACUGACGGGGCACCUGCCCCACCACAUGGACGGACACCAGCACGUCCAUGUCCUGCCAGAGGUGCGUGAGGUGUUUGCACAGGUCCUGUCAGAUCUCAAGAUCCCAUACACUCGAGUUCCAGUGGAGCCAGGUUUACACAGCUGUCCAGCCAUGCCAGAACACCUCCACGCAUUCUACACAGAGGUGGAGAAGGACGCGCUGGACUCCAUCCCUGUCUUCACUCGCUAUGGAAUCAGGUGGCCAGAUGUGUACCUGGGACUGACCACCAUGGGCCAAAACAUGUCGGUCCCCAACCUGCAGAGGGCCCUGAGCCACGCCUUGGCGGCAGGGCCUUCUUCAGGCACUACCUGCAGCAGUGCAUCAGGCUCUCAUCCUCCUGUGGUCACAGCGGAGCUCAUGGUCCACCCGGGUUACCCCAGCCACCCCCAGGAAGGAGGCUGUGGAGAGGGCCCCGACGACUUCUCCCAGUCAGCUGACAGACAGCACGAGCUGAGCGUGCUCAGAGACCCGUCGCUGCUGGCCCUCUACAGCCAGGAGAGAGUGCAGCUCUGUGCCUUCAAAGACAUCUGAGGACUGCUGUCUAACAGUGGCAGACAUGUAUGUAGGGCUGGGCAAUGUAUCGGUAUUAUAUCCAUAUCAUGAUAUGAGACAAUAUAUCAUCUUAGAUUUUGGAUAUCGUAAUAUCCUACUAUGACACAAGUGUUGUUUUUUCCUGGUUUUAAAGGCUGCUUUACAGAAAAGUGGCCAGACUGAUCUAUUAUUCACCUUUCCCCACUUAGACAUUGUAUCCACAUUAUUGGUGAUUAUUUAUCAAAACUCUCAUUGUGUAAAUACUUUCUGAGAGCACCAAUAGUCAACCCUACCAAUAGUCAACCCUACAAUAUCACCGCAAUAUCGAUGAGUGAUGAUAUGAUUUUCUCCAUAUCAGCCAGCUCUAUGUGUGUGUAUACUGUAGAGAGCCAAAGUGAGUGAGUCCCACUGACAUCUGUAAUACCACAAAUGACUCUAAAUCUGCUCUAAUUCAUAGUAUGUGAUAGAAGGUGAGAUUUUAACACACAAACAAAACAAUGUAACAUAGCGGUAGCUAUUCUGUGACCUGUCUCUCUCUUUUAGUCCAGCCGUGGCUCCAACAACAGCCCAUCUAAUCUUUCUUUUUGUUAAAGACAAUUUCUAAAAGCACAGAAAGAUGUACGCUGCCACGCUGGUAAAACUGUAUGAAAGCUGUCGUUUUUUAAUGCUAUCUAAUACAUCAUGAACAUUUACUGAGUAAAUGAGACUAUGGAGCACAGAAGCACUACAUAAAAACUACAGUAACCUACAAAACUGGAAUGUAAUGCUCUCCUUAAAGUGUGUGGAAUAGUGAAGAGGCGUUUGUUGAAGUUGUUCUGUAUGUAAGCCAUACCAGGUGCUGCUACCAACAUGCCAGUAAUUGCACAGUCAUAUGUUUUUAUAAUGUAGUUUUGUCCAUCAUCAUGCACAGAGGUCACCAAGUAGAGUGGACAAGUUAACAGCUGGGAUCAGGGACGAUUAGACAGGUUGGGAACCAACCAGCAGGCUAGUCAAACUUAUUCAGAAGACAAAACAAAUGAACUGUCUGCCCCACUUCCUGCUUCAGCUCUGACCUGCUGUCCUCACUGGAGAUGUGUUCACACCGUUUUCUUGAAGGAUUGAUGAAGGAUUAUUAGUAUCAACUCAAAGAAAGUGAGUUUCAGUUUGACCUCCAGAUAUUUAGAUAAUGUGGAUAAACUCUUGCUUGGGUUUCUGUCUGAUUGUCUUGACUGCCCUGUAGUGAUGUCAUCAUCUCCCCGGAUUGUCAGCUUCAACUUGGUCAGUCAAAUGUUUUUAGGGUUAUUGGGUUUAAUGUUAUUACUGAUGAAUGAAACUACAGAAAGAAGACACACGUUUUACAAGUAAACUGUAGUUUUCUUUUAAGAUGAGUUAUCAUCUGAUCUUGAGGUUAAGACUCUAUUCUUAACACCUUCAUUAUUUCAUUUUGUGCUCACUGUUGCAUAUUCCUCCAUUAAUGUGCUUAAUCAAGUGACCACACAACGAUCUGUGGGUCAGGUAGUAUUCUAUCAGUGUAAAACAGUGGAGGGAUGGGUAAAAUCAGCCUAUUUCUGCACAAGUGAAUGAAGUCAUGUAGUCGUGGUGGUUUUUAUUAAAGAGGGUGAAGGGAUGAUUUCCAAUAAUCUCAGGUCUGUGUAGCACUGAACAUCUGAUAACCUGCCAAAUGAGUGUCUCUAAAUGAAUGUUAUUUUAACACCACAUUUUUAAAUCACCUCUAACAGUAUAGUAUGUUUGUAAUAUUUACAGCUGGUAUCUGGGUAUUUGAAAUCCUAUAUUUUGAUAGUUUCUGUUGAAGCUUUUUUUUUAUACAUUGCUAUCUGAAUUGUUACAAAGAUCACAGCUGAAGAGCUGAGCUAAUAAAUUAUGUCAAAAUGA